AUGUGCUCUCAGUACUUCUUCAAGUACGACUGCGGCUGCACUGUCGCUGAGGGUGAUGUCGUCUACUGCGCCAAGCGAGGCACCUCCUGCACUGGCGUCAGACAGCAGAUCCGCCGCCGAGAGGGCUACAACUGCCCUAACCACGGUGGCUAG